AUGUCCCAUUAUGAUGUCACCAUUAAUAUAAAUGUUGCUGUCGCUCUGACUCCGUACGGAGAGAUUGUGAGUUACAAAGUGUUUUGCAAAGCUAACUGUGAUUAGCCAUGUUGUGAAAAAUUCUUUGUCUAAAAUUGCAUGAUCAAGUUUUCUUUGAACAUAAAAAUGGCGUCAGACGUCACCAGGGCUGUACCGCAUUCGCCCGCUCGAUUUUCCAACCGACAAAUCGGGCUCUAGGCCGGGACAAGUGUGUCCUGGCUUAAGACACUUUGAUGCGUUCCCUGACUCACACUUGUGACGCUGCACUCUCUGUGCCAGAGACAUCCCAUUGGCUGCUGACUCUUUCCAAUCUCAUGGUUUAAUGGCGUGAAACAUGUAUGGCUAGAAUUUGAAGGUGGUGGCUCUCAGUUUGGCCAUCUUUUGAACGAACUCACCUGCGUUUGGAAUAAUUCAACCGAACGUAUUUCUGAGACUCGAAUCAUCCUUACUGAUUCGUAAAAACAGAAGUGAAAGGUGGUAACCUGAUAAGUUGUGAAUAAAUAUGAGUUGUAAUCAGAGACAUUUGGCACUGAACUUUGUGGUAUUACUGCAACUUAUUGCACCGGCUUUUGAUUCAGAAACGACUGGGAUAAGAUACGUUGGAAGAAAUGAUGUUUAGUGGGCCGAAGAAUUGACAAGUGUCAUAGAGCUGGACGCUGAGUAAGUCCAGUAAAAUGUGAUGGAAAAAAACUCGGCAAGCACACUUUGUAGGCAAUCAGGUCAUUAUAAUUGCCAACGGUAUUGCCUGCAUGCAUUCUAGGCAUCACCUCGGUAUCGAACUUACCAAACAGAAUAGGUUUAGGUUUAUUGUAGCGCCCCUUGGGCACUGUCAGUCCCCUUUGAACUCAGGAAAAAAAAACCUAAAACAAACUCGUCAAUUUCAACUGCAAGAUUUUGGUGAGAAUUUUACGUUAGAGACUCGAGUAAAAUAUUUCCUGGCUUUCCGAAUAGUACAGCUGAUCUCGCGUGAUCGACCUGGAAUCAUAUAAAAAGAUAAUUUAUCCAGUUAGUUGAAUUAGGUCGAUAUUCUCCUCAUUGGCGGUAAAACGGAUUUGUAAAUGCGAGGUAUCCCUUAUACGAAAAGGCAACCUUAUAAUAGAAUUUGCUAAACCUUGUGCAUGGUGAUUGCUACUAGAUAGACCAUGAAAGAGCAAAUUUUACCAGAGUUAAGAUAAUGACGAUCGGGUGCAGUGGUUAAUGGAAGUACAGCUUCCGGGUAGGUUGGUGUGAGUAAGCCAGCGGUAAAAUUGGACGCUGAACAUAAUCAAUUAGUUGUGAAUUACUAAGAUCGUUUGAAGACCCUCUGCUUGUCAAGGAACGAGGAGAUCGUGCUGUUUGUGAUGAAUUGACCUGUGGGAAAAUGUGCAGUACUUGGGUUUUGUGGGCUAAGCUUUACCACCGACGUUUAUGGAGGCCAAAAAACCAAAAAGGUCCGUGCGACAACUGAACAUACGUUGGCUGCGCGAGGAGCGGCGGCGAGGGCGGAUGGUGUAUGCUGGAGUUCCCCGAACUUCUUUGAUGGUCUCAGUGUGUUGAUAUAGCGGUGACCGACUAGACUGGUGCAAUAUGUAAGGGUUCGACCGCCGUGAGAACAAGCUAGGACCGAGUUCACAUUACUAGUGGAACAGAGAUAGCGGUUGCAGUGAGGAUGGUGGUUGGCAGGGCGUCGUAGGUGUGGGAAGGAUGGCAGUCGUCGUCGCCGUCGCUAGAGAGGUUGGUGGAAUAAAUACAUUGUUUUACGAGGGUGCUGGUGGACGGCGGCGGAGGUGCAAUAAGAAUGCCCGCACCGGUGAGGGCGGUCUAUUUCUUGGGUUUCACGGAUUUGGCGACAGAGGUGACAAGGAAGGUGUUUGAAAAGGGAACAGAUGAAAUUGCCAUGUCGUUGUUGUUUUGGGCUCAAAGAUAUCCGACGCGGCACGACAAGGUUGUUUAGAUGUAAGGAUGCUGCGUACGCGAAGUUUGCGAUUUAUGAGCCGUUCUGUCGGGUUUGGCAGUGUCGGUACGGUUGUUCAUGUAAAUUGCCGCGCAUCCCUUCCCUCAAAUAAUCCUGGGUGAGGGCCUCCCAGCUAACGGGACCGAGUCGUAGGCCCUAAUGGUGCUUUUAUAGCACCGAUUUUGUCCUCCUUUAAAGCAGACAGCCGCUGGGCAUACAGCCUCUUGAGGUGGCCGCCCCAGCGCAGUUCUAGUCGCCUCAGCAUGGCGUGAAUGCUGGGGAUUCCGGUCAAUACCAUGAAUUCCUUGUCAAGUAGCCGGCGCUGUCAUGUCGGCUAUAGCAUUCUCAAGUUACAGCUAGGGUCGAAGUAGUUUAGUAUAGUCUAGCUCAUUUAAAAGUAGUAUGCAUUGCUUCUUAGGGGGCUGCUAAAAUGAUACACACAAGAUUCAACCUAAAAUCAGUGCGCUUCUACUGUAAACUUAGGAUUAGAGCCUACACACCCUGUAAGAUCGAGGACAAUGGAAAAUAAUGAAUAUCAGCGUUAUCUGUAGGUAUGAGCAAAGUGCUGGUUUGAUGUAACAGCGCUUUUCUCAUCGGAUGGACGGUCUUUUUCAUAAAAAAUGCAUCCAAGUUGUGUUUGCUUGCCUCUGUUGUGUUUACCACUAUAACGUCUUCGAGAGUCCGUUCUGGACACCGGCAACAAUCUAUAAAAAGAAAUCUCGACAAACAUCUAGGUGUGAUAGUAGUCUUCAAAGUUUGAGAUAUAAAAAUAGCUUCAUGAUUCCACUACAAGAUUUUGGAAAAAAUUUUUUUACACAUGUAUCUUUCUUUGGGAAAAACAUAGUUUGAAGAAGCACACCCAGCGGUUUGCUGCAAUCAGGGCUUGGAAGAAUUACCACACCGGAAGACAGCCCGAAUCUCGCCCGAUGCGGCAUGUUCCUGUCAACUUCCCGCUCAACUGCCUAUAACUUAGGGAAUAGAGACUGAGGGUUGUUAGGCGGGUCUCGUUUAGAAAUGUACUUUGACCUCCUGCCCAAUUUUGUUACCUGAUUGUGAAAUCCAUUGAUUAAGUUAUUAUCCUGUUGAGUCCAGGGUCUACGGGCUUGGGUCGUCAAUUUAAGGCGCAGCGCAAUAAACAUAAUGAUAACUUCGAGCUCGGCGGCGUGCAUCAUUAACUCUGUUGUUUUGACCACCUUAUAACAGUGUGUUGAAGGCAUUAGAGUGACGAGGCCGUUGAGUAAAACCACGACCUGCACUAGGCAAAUGGGGUGGCCUAUCUCGCGUGCAUAGUAUAUCCCGAAGUGGACAACUCUAUGCUCCAUACAGGCGCAUAUUACGAUCGUACUUUAAAGAGAUCUUUUGGCUUCUUAGGGGACAACUUACCCGCUAACGGGCACAGCUAAGUUUUUUCGAUGCAUGCCGUCUAUGAUAUUUCUCUGGCAAUUAUUGGCCAGUCUUUGACGUCUAUUAAACAAAGUUUGUAAAGGGAAAGUGGUAAAAAAUCCAAUUUUUGUGAGUUUUGUCGAAACCCUGCAUUUUGGCCAUUUCCCGUGCGAGUUUAGAGUGUUUUACUGGGUUGUAGUUGAUUUGGCAAAAACGAAUACAGUGUUUUCAAGGUCUUGCGGGCAACUUGUGCGUGACUUGUGCCAAUCAGGGUGUGUCUUUCAGUCUGAUGUACAGUUGCAGUCGGUUUAGCAAGAUAUAAAGUUCUACUUGGAGGGAUCGUACCUUCCCUCUAGAAUCACAAAUAAUGCCUAUUCACUCGCCAUAGUUUGUAGUUGCUACUGGUAACCGAAAGGGAGUUUAAAGGCGCUCGCCUACCUUUCCCCUAAUAAAUCUGAUCUGAUCUGGUUCUCCCACUUUCAGUGCUCUGAUACAAAGGGGACCUUAACCUAAAUCUCUUAUAAGAAUUGGGAGGCCUUUGUGUGGCGUACACUAUACCCCUUUUAUUAGAGUUAAAUGUAUUCGUUCAAACAUAUGAGAAAUGCAAGAGAAAUACGCCAGCGGCAGUCGUAUGGUGCCGACAUCGACCAUCCAGAUACCACAUGUACGUAAUUCUUAAUACUGCUAUCUGGCAUGCCGCAAAGUAUAUGCACACCAACCAUUGCCGAGAAACUACAUCAAUGAGCAUACAAUGUGAAAUAAUCGCAUAUGCACCUUGAGAUCUCGGUGUCUGCAUAGAACAAAGAUCGUGUACGUGGGCCCUAACUAUGAUGCAUAAGUACAAAGGGCCACGUAGAAGGGUAUCUUCGUCUUUUAAACCGCGGUUUGUUGCGACGUUAUUGACAUCCGCCAAUGAGGUCACCCUGAGAACAGUUCACACACUUCAGCAAGUCGUUCUUACAAUGUAGUAAAUGGGCUCUAAUACGAGCAGAGUUGGCUACAUUUAACCGAAAUGCAAACCGCGUAGGCGGUCCUGACAAUAAAUGAGGCAAGACAACCUUUAAUUAGCCCGUUUUCGUUCAGAGGACAUCUCGGGAUUGUGCUAUCCAGGCAAGACAAGGUCGAGAUUAGGCCACUCGGCGAUUUGGCGAUCAUUUGUACGAUCCGCCAGUUGAGUGUCCCAGCAAAACAUACUGAAGCUGGACAUGUACGUUGUAUAAAAAAGACACUUGCGAGCAAUAGACACCAUUGGAACGGUGCUGAUACUCAUGGCUUAUUAGCUGACAUAGACGGUUCGUAAGCCUCCUAACCAUUUUCUCUCUUUUUGUCCUCGUCAUUACAAUUUGUCACUAUUUGGUGGCAUAAGAGAUAUAGGCGCUCCUCAAUCGGACUACACUGGUGAACACCCUUCCCCUAAUUCAUUAUAUGUAGCUCCAUAUAAUAUUUGAAAGAUUUUAGCCUUGGGACUCAGUGGGCAGGGCAUUCAGCCCAAUUCCCGACUGGAACCAGCUGAAACACCGUGUCUCCCUGUCCUGAGCUUAGGGUACAGCCAAUCAAGGUCAAAAGAAAGCAUAAAUAUCAGUCUUAGUCCCCCGUGUUUUAGCCACCACAAGUUCCCAUAUUUGGUCUUUUAGCAGCCAUCCUCGUUAAAUUCGUUUGAUUUCAUUUUCAUGAUAUAAAGUUGGUAACGUUGAAAGGCGCUUAAAGCGAAUGGGCUGCACAUUAUUUUGUCAAUUGCCGCUUUUGUUGAUAAGCACCUUUUUACUUAUCCGCCUGACGGCGCAAGGAAAGUAGGAAACUGUCGGUGAGAUCACGUUAACCUCAGCACUAAGUCCACCAGUAAAAAUUCGUUCUAACAAUGUGUUGGAAACUGUGGCGUCUCCCGUCAGUAUUCAACUGUACUCCUGCUUAGGGUCGUUUUCCGACGUGCAUUGUCGGGAAUAUCACUUCUUUUGCAGGUGAUGCCAGCACAUACCACUCACAAACUUAGUGGGAACCUGAAGAACUCCGCUGAUUUGAUCGUCAUUAGCCGUCCGUGUAAUUACGCUAGACUUAGCGUGAAAAUUGCAUAAGCAACUGCAUCCAUCCGCCUGUACAGUGGUUCGAGUAUUCGAUGAGUCGAAUUGACGGUCUGAUUAAUGCAGGGGGUCUCAGAACUUCCUUCUCUUAUUCCGUCGGCCUGAUUUUUCAGCCGCUCUAGGUUGCCUAUCGGAACCGCCAACAUCGCCUGGACCAUUAUGGAAUGACGAUGAAAGAACCCUCAAGCUAACCCCCAUCAACGGCCUGCUGCGUCCUCGGCAUCUUUAAAGACCAAUGGUCGCCGAGUUCCUCAUCUGUAGAUGUUGACGUAGUCUGUGCUCCUUCGUAAUAACAACUCAUUUUAUGAGGCUGCUUAAUUAUCCUAAGGGAAGCGGCAAGUUGAUGGAUACAGAGUCUGUAAAGUUACUGUUGCUCUGAAGAGGGUGGGUUCUGGUUUCUCGUCCUGCAUCAUCACGCCACGAUAAAUAGUUUGUGGAGUCAAAAUGUAUAUUACAUUUUGGCUGACAAGUUUCUGUCAGUAAGCAGUUUUCUGUUGAGGCCGGAUUAAGCUUGUGACUCAGGCAGCUCGUGUCUUGUGCAUCACGUCAAAGCGGUCUUUGUCAUCUUAGGCGCCUGUGACUGACGGAGUCCCGAAUGUGUGGAUUGGCUGUCCGCAGGGCACAUGGACACGCAACGCUGGAAAAGCGCGUGCACCUAAUGCCUCCUAUAACGGACGACUAAUGCUGCUGCUUAUGCUAUCGACUUGAAUUCAGUACACCAUCAUUAACUUCCUAGUUCUUCUUUUCCAAAUUUUACUCUGACAAAUCAUGGAUGCCAAUAACCACACGGUACUUGUAAUCAAAUAGUUCAAAAGGCUCUCAGUUGGACGGGACACAUUCACUAUGAUUUACUCUUCCAAAUGAUAAAUGAUAGGUAGAGCUAAUAAGGAACAGAUAAGGAGGUAAGUGCUUUUCCGUCCCCCCUUGUUUCAUUGGAAAUAUCAUGCAUCUUGGUUUAGUUAAAAGACAUAUUGGCAUGAAAGGCAUAGAAAUAGAUGCAUUUUGUAUUGUGUUUUUCAAAUGUUUCAGAUUCAAGCUACCGUUCACUUGUGACAUCUCUCUUCCUUACUGCAGAUGGCGCUACGGUGCGUGGUCGUUGGAGGCGGUAUCUCAGGUCUCUCUACAGCCUACAUGCUGUCCAAACUACCAGCUAGUCUGGUUAGUCGGAUCUCCCUCUACGAGACUUCUGAUGAAUUUGGUGGCUACGUUAAAACCGUUCAGUAUCCGAAGUCCGGCUCUUAUCAGGAUUUGGGGCCACACAGUGCUCGUGUGGGCGGCGGCAGUCCCCUCUUCCGUCUCAUCCACAGCCUGAACUUGCAGCGGGAGGUAGUAUGGUUGCCUCCAUCCCAGCGCCUCCUCUAUACCGCGGGAACCACGCGUCCCCUCCGGAUAGCUGCUCUCACCGUCCAGCCGCCCUUCACACGUUCUCCCCUGGGCCUGCUUAUUCGGCGGGCAUGUUCUCGAGGACCUCCCAGCCUGUCACCAGACACGGACAUGUCCGUUGACGAAUUCUUGCGCACCCGCUUCGACGAUGAAUUUGCUGACUACUUUGGCAGUGCUCUGGUGCGUGGUAUUUGUGCGGCAGACUCGCGAAACAUCAGUGUGUCAGCCUUGAUGCCUCAAGUACGUUCCGCAUCUGUUCCAUCUACUUUCGAUUUCAAUGCUGUCACCAUCAGCACCUCUUGCGAAAUUAGGACUCAAGGAGACUUGCCUUUCCGGUUCUGCCCUUAUCUCAACUGCCGAACUGACUGGAAUCUCGUAAAACAGGAUUUUCAUGUCACCAUGGCAGUUUCCAGGGUAUUCCGCCAUUCCAGUCCUCAGUCCUACGUAUUUCAGUGUAACAGCCGCUGGUGGUCUUUAACUGCCUCUUCGAUAAACUCAGCUAAUUGCGUAGAUGCAGUGAGCAGUCUCUAUAGUCGAACAGCGAAGAAGUGAGUAGGGGUUGAGGGGUGGGAGGUAGUGUCUGCGAUAAGGCUGUGUGCACACUGCGUCACGGGGUGGUGACGGCGUGCGUCCUUGGCUGGGAAACGGGCCGCGCCUCUUAGCGCCAUGAGCGUGGCGCGUAAUAGCAGUGGUGUAUAUCAAAUUGUUCGUCGACAGAGUUGAUGCCGGACACCCGGACCUUCAGCUGUUUCCCCCACCCCGCCUUAUUGCUGGCUCACGCCAUUGUCCGCGUACCCGUGAAGUUGAAUCCGUGGCCUUCUUCCAAGGUCUGAGUAAUGAUUUGAGGCAGUGCAGCGCCUCGCCGUAUCGCUCCUUUGUGCUCGACCAUUUUCGAACUGAGUCGUCGUACGGUCUGUCCUGUAUAAUGACGUGGACAGUCAUGGCAUGGGAUCUGGCAAACCGCACCAGAUCGCUCACCUGUGCCCAGUGGGUCCUUCGUCUGAGUGAUUCUGACACGAAUGGUAGCUGCUGGACGAUGGGCUAUACUCACGCCUAAUUCUGCGGCAGUACGUUCUGUUGCUUCUGGCACGUUCGUUAUACAGGGCAGAAGGUGCCAGAGUGUUGGUGGCUCUCAUGUGGGUGUGUCCGGAUGCAGCAACUGCAUAAGCUGUUUGGUGCGCUAAUUAGUCCCUAAGAUGCCGUUGUUCCUGUGCUCGCCUCUCGGGUUCACUGCGACGCGUCUUUACGCCUUAGAAGAGCACCCUAACGCAGCCGCGUUUAUGUACUAUAUGAUAGCUAUAAUACCUGAGUACCUGGGCUGUAUAAGUCGCCCGUCUAUACACCGCGGACUAGGUUCACCGUUGGAUCUACGCCUAAAGAGAACAUGAAGGAAGGGCAACUUCCGAUCAUUCUCUUCUCGUGUGGGCUGAAUAUCGGGGAAUGUGCCAUUGAACAGGUCUUGAAGGCCGGCGAAUCUAUCGGUCUCACUUAUAGCAAACAUGUCGUCCCCGUAUCGACACGAAAACGCAAGUUAAUAGUGGUUUAACGAACUUUUUUUCAGCUCUUUAGGACCAGUUCGGAAAUUAGGCUGAAUAUUGGGAAAGUCAUCGACGAUCAUUUGGUUUUCUCGUGUUUUCUGCCACUGAGGGUGAAACGAUCGUUGGCAGAAUGCAGUGAUUUGCAUUAGGUGCUCCAUCUAUAGAGGCCCCUCAUUUCUCACUAAUCUUUGGGGCGUUGACGUGUAACAUCUUCAGUCAGGUUCGGUAAAAUAGAUGCGAAUAGGGAAACAACUGAAUAAAAUCGUAUUUUUUUCAGUACAAAAAGUUUUUCCCCGGAUGCCGUCGAGAAAUUUGGAGGCCAAAGUGGUGGAUGUCCUUGAGCACUCUUUAAGAAAGUUCAGUUUCGAGCCAUCUGUUUGACUAGUUUGUAAGUGGGCUACGUCUCCAGACGUCGAUUAACUGGAAGGAAACGUCGGAUCUGUUGAUUUUUGGUAAUUCGUAGGGCCCAGCCAGAGCUGUAUCAGUUGGUUUCGUAUGUCAGCGUUCGUCCAGCGCCAUCAUAUUGUUACGCCUGAGUUGGCUUAGGAGUCCGGUUAGAUGACUGAUCAUCUAUGUGGUUUGUGAAAAAGACUUACACUUGUAGGAAUGCCGGUCAUCGAGGUGGGCUUGUGCCUUCCCGUCGUAAUCGACGCCGUUCAUCACAAAGAUUGCGCAUCCUUUGUCGGCUUGAAACGCUGUUACGCUCUCGUUCCUCUUCGUGUGUCAAUGCGACCUAGUUCCCAUCUCUGAAUGUCUCAGGUGUUACUCGAAGGACCUUCUCAGAUCUUACGUAAGUGGAAGUGUCAUGAAGGCCACAUUAACGAGCCACUGCAGUCUGGCCCUUAGUCCUGACCAGGAACAAACUACCCCUUCAGUUUGCAACCUUCCAAGCUACGACGGUUUGCGUGCCGUGAUAGAUUCAAGCGGGUCAGAUUCAUUAUGGUGAAGAAUACACUGAUUUGCCGUGAGAAUGACUUCCCCAGCGUCGGCCUUACUUCUCUCUCUCUCUCUCUCUCUCUCUCUCUCUCUCUCUCUCUCCCUCCCUCUCCCCCUCCCUUUCUCUAUCUCAUUUUCUCUCCCGCCCUCUCUCUCCCUCUCUCACCAAUUUUUAAGCCUGUCAACCAGCUUGUGCUGGGAUUGAACGAACUGAUUAGCACAGCGUGAAGCCUACGCCUAGGCCUGCCACAACACUCCACCGCUCCAGUGAACGGCACUAAUUAUGGGCCCACGCGCAGCCGAUCUGAUCCCCGUUUUGGCCCACCGCAUCUACGACACCGGCUAUUGUUCUUGUCCAGGCGCUAACAGCUAAACCCCCUAGGGGAUUACUUUCGGGGAAAGGGAAGGCGCUUGUCCGAUUUUCAUAAAGAGCCAGACCGUGCGGCGCACAUGCUAGUCCGCAACACGCACCUGUUGGCGGUUCCAAAUUAUUGCUGUAGCCUGAGGGUAAACUUCGAAAUACAGUAAGACCUUCACUCGAAUUUUGACAAGGCUCACCCAGUGCCUUAUGCUCUCGCCGCGAGGGCCAACAGAACUCGACCGUCUCCGAAAAGCCGGUGUCGUGUAAACGAACGACAUCAGUAGUGCCUGUUCUGAGGGUGAAUGGGCUCGUUCGCAUCUGUGGAGAUCGCAGACGGGUGACAAACCCUUGCGGCAGCAUUGAAUGCUUCUCUGCUGACCACCAGUCUGGGGGGAGGGAGGACUUGGAAGUUUUUUUAACCGUGACACUUGACCUAAAGAUGCAUGCAAUCAGGGAUUCCGCCCGUAGUCCAUGGAUACCUAUCUACAAUAAAGUGGCCUUUCACGCGAAUUUACGAAAUGCCAGUAUGAUCAGAAAGCGCGGAGACUUGUUUUACUACAAGAAACUUCCGUUCCGAGUGAAUUCUCCUCUGGUGGUAUACAGUAGGUGGGCUAACUCAUGAAAUGCCAACCGAAAUUCCGAAAUGUGUUGUCGUUUCGAAAAGAUUAAUUAAGUAGGGUUGUAAAACUAGUCAGCCUGCAACACCAUUCUAUAAUAUUUCAGUUACCUCAAGAUGCCGGCUUUCGCAUGGACUUCCUUCCGACUACGUGUAAGAACUAUAAUCUGCAAAAAAUGACUACUAAAGUAGCAUGCAAUUUUCUCAUUGAUUUUCAACGUCCUUAAAAUUUAAUUAUAUUUCAUGGAAAACAUACAUAGAAGUAUUCAUUCUUUUGCGCAUUCGGUAGAAAAUUACGUCUUCCAAUUUUAUACUUGACGGAAGUGUAUAAUUCGGCUUUCAAACACUUUUCCAAUUACCGAAUAAUUUUGAAUCCCGACCUGCCGUUACAGACGCAUUCAGGGUUUCCAAACUACAAGUCGUAUAUUUUCCGCGUACGGAAAAUCGCACAUUUCGCUACGGUAUUGAGGGAGACCAUAUGGAAUUCAUUAAAUUUAGCAGUGGAUUUGAUCCAUAUUGUUAACUUUACAGGACACAUAGGCAAAUGCAGAGACAUGACGAUUUAUGAACGGCCAUUUCACGGUAUUUAAGUCCCGUAAUUAGAAACUCUUUUAAAACCGGAUUAUGUUCCUCCUUUGAGUAUAAACUUAGAAGCAGACGUAAUUACCUACCAAAUAAGCAAAAGAAUGAAUAUUUUUAUGCAUGUUUUCCACGAAAUAUUGAAUUUUUAAGGACAUCGAAAAUCAAUGAGAAAAUUGCAUGCUACUUUAGUCAUUUUUUGCAGAUUAUAGUUCUUGCAUGUAGUCGGAAGGAAGUCCAUUCGAAAGCCGGCAUCCUGAGGUAACUGAAAUAUUAUAGAAUGGUGUUGCAGGCUGACUAGUUUUACAACCCUACUUAAUUAAUCUUUUCGAAACGAAAACACAUUUCGGAAUUUCGGUUGACAUUUCAUGAGUUAGCCCACCUACUGUAUUUUAGUGUAUGACCUACAACUUCUUAGUUAAAGAACAUUUUUACAACGGGGACUUCCGAGGUCCAUCACCUUAAAUGCUCAAAUAAAAUGUACUGCCGAAGGAAAGCCGAUUUCACGCUUUUAGUCGGUGCACUUGGUUAUCACGGUUUCGCAACAGACAGUCACUAUCCAUAAUAACAUAAGAUAAAAGCGAUGAAAAAUGUCACACAGCUGCACCAAGGCAAGUUCGUAAAUUGUUUUCUCUUUGCAUUAAAACGGUUGUAUUGAUUAUUUCAGAAGAACUAGUGUUGGGUGUGGUCAAAAGUGCACACAAGCAACUUGAGCGCAUAAAUUCAGCUUUGAGCUCGACAACAGUUAUGAUCCAUUUUCACCCAUUGGAUGCCCUGUGGAACAGGGUGCUUAUUUUCUUCGUUUCAAUAUUGAGGGCACAAGCACAGGCCAUUUACCUCAAUUCUGUGAGUAGUGUCUGAAGCCAACCGGCUCAUUUGCACGUCUUCUGGUGAAAAUUUGAAAUCAAUCCGGUCCAUAAAUCCCCACUCGUUUUGGUGACGAAAAUUCAGGCCUUCCGGUAAACGUAAUCCCCGACGAUAUAACGACUGUCUUUGAUUUUAUUUUCCUAUUGAAAAGCCGUUUUCGGUAGCAAAAAUUUGGUUGAGGACACCCUGAGCAGUCUUCCUAUAGUCCUUCAAGUGGCCGAAGGUACGAGCAGUAUGUUAUUACCGACAAAGACAAGGGAGACUGGAAUGGCAAUUUCUGGCUUAUUAGCCGUCGUCAGCCAGUCAUACCCAACCCCGAAGUGUGGCACACCCGAGGCUCGAACUCGCGACCUGUUUGUGAGACGACUACGCCUCUAACCACUGGGCUACGAGCCCGUUGCCCUGUCGGUUUUGAUCAGGAAUAUACACCGGUAGGGGGGCCUUCACCGAUCGUAUUUACGGAACUCACUCAUUCCUUUGUGCUUUGCGUUGUGCCUUGCCCGUAAGGCACAACGGAACCAGUGAAUUCCGUAAGAACGAUCGGUGAGCGCCCUCCACCCACCAUUGAAGGUACAAGCGUCUGAACCAAUCUACUAGUUACAAAAUCAUAAAAUGAUACUACUAAGUGUUCCAUGCUCUAGACAGUGGAUGGCUUGAGACCCUCUCUGAUCGCAGACCAGGUUAGCACUGCAGCGUAGGUGGUCAUCACGGAACGAGCAUGUCCCAAAAACCCGACCGGUGAACGCAGUUCCUACUUGUUUCCUUGUCCUUUUUUCCCCUUCCUGGUUUUGACCUAGGACGGAAGAGUGUAGCCUAUGCUACGCAGGACCAACAUCUUGUGCAAACGUGUGUUAGUGCGCUAGUCUGUGUCUCUCCCUGUUUGCUCGAUGAUGCAGCAGCCGCGGAUUGGCUGGCCGAUUGCACGCGUGAAUUUCGCAGCCGGUUUUGCUUGACGUACCGUGCGUUUUCGCGUUUUCCUUCCGCUUCGGGUCGUAACUUGAUUCUGUUUCCGUCCUUCAUAACGCCACUCUCACGUACUCCCUCUUCGUCGGGUUCAAGAUGAGUUUCCUUAGCGACUGUGUUCUACGGACGGCAGGCUAUGCUGGACGACUGUCUACCUUGAAAAUCGAAAUCUCGAAGAUAUUACGUAACGGAUGGAGUGCUACUUGACCGCUACCUGAACAUGCUCCUGGUUUGGACGCAUUUCGAUUGUUUAGCUUGUUCUUCCUACCUCGAACACCGCGCCUCUGAAUUUCCUGAUCAAACCCCCAACCCACGGUUUCUCUCCGCGUUUGUAAUUGCGGGCAAACACCCCUUCCCCUUCUCGAAAGUAGGGUUAUGACGGUUGGGGAACUUGAACCUCCGGUUUAAGGUACUACAGUCGUACAUCAAGCUGUCGACCUAAAAGCACUGGGCUGGUGUUUGGCCAUCAAAAUCACUUUUUGAUCAUUUUGUAGGCAGGAAAAAAGUGUAUUGCGGCGGUCUAUUUUAACUCUUGAGUCCAAAAUCAUUUUCAUUGCCCUCUUGAAGCUUUCAGCGAAAAGCCGCCUCGGCGUUAAAUCGGGAGCGAAAUGAUGGCGAGGUCACGUGCUGUAUUCCAAAUUUCUGACAUUUGUUGAAGCACUGAUGACGUGAACCGGGUACCGUUUUUUCUCACAAUCUCUGUGGGGAUGCCAAAUCAGUCAGUAGCCAUAUCAAAACAACUUUCAGACUUUUGCUAAAACCAGGCUCCCGUUUUCAGAAAUAAUGUCUACACAAACUUUCCUAUUUCUUACAGAAGAUAUGCGAAUAGGGCUAAGUCCCAGGACUUAAACCACGCAACCAUCAACCAAAAACCCCACUGAGGGACCGAAAGAUUGUGGGUGACCACCCGCAAUUCUUCUGCUCCACGUUACGGAAAUAAUCCACACUGAAAGCCUGCUUAACCAUAUGCCACUGCAUGUGGACGAAAGAAUGUUGACGGAAGCGAAGAGUGGAUUCCCAAAGCACCUUAAAGCUAGUAAACUGCCUUUCGACCCCGUAAAAUACCCGUACUGCCGCCCCCGAUCAAACGAAUUCCUCAUAUACGGUGAAAGGAAACGGAUGCUAUGAUAUGUCUUAUCAAGGGACAUUUGAGGGAGGUUUGUCUUGGCGAAAGUGCCCUUGAAAAGCAACUGUGCCUCAAGUUGUGAGUCCUUUAGGCUCUCGGCCUUGGUUCAACAAAAAUCUGAUACACAAACUUCUGUUAGGAAUCACUUAAAUGCUUCGACUGCCUCAAGUUUGAAACUGUUAUGGCUACUGACUGAAUCAAAGUAGCUGGUUUAUCUUCGUUAUCCAUUUUGCCCGCGACCCUUAUUUUUAGUCAAACCCUACAGACAGGGUCUCUAUGUAUGUCAGCCACUACGCCCACUCCUGACAUCGGAUAUCUGACCGACCCCAACAGUAGACUGGUGUCUGGGAAUGGGAAUAGAGAAUGGGAUCGACGUCUCAGCGCAUUUUCCUCACUAUAGACAAUCUGAUGUGCCUGAAGCUAUCACAUUGUGCCAAAAACCAUGGCUUGGAAGGUUGUCCUUUGAUGGGAUAACUCGGACCUCGCAGCCAGCCCAAUGUGUAUUUGUGUGGAGUGGCGGACUGAGAGUCAGGCUGCAAUGACAGCUUCCUGACGCGACCUCUGUGGUACUUCCAGUCCGCGGGAUCCGAGCCGGGUGUGAGCGGCACGCCUAGGUGCAUGCUUACGCUGAGCCAGCCACCUGCGCCCUCUUCCACCUCCAGUCUUAUUGACUUGGUUGUGAGACCGGACCCAGAUGGGGGAGGAGGGGAGAGUGCGGUAACUGCUGCACAAGUCCGUCGUCACUGCAAACUAGUUCACGUGCAAGUCACCGUCCCUGCUCUCAUUCUGCUGUAGAGCACACAGAGGGCAUCGUCGAAAUCGACGGUCGAAUUGUCAGGAACAUGCAGCUAAAGAAUGGUCCAGCUGGUCAUGUCACCUCUUGCUAUGACACCUACGCUACGUCCAAAUGGGCCGCAGCUUCAAACGAAGGAUUCCACAUCAUAACUUCCCAGCCAUUGCACAUACCUUCGAGCCAUCCGUAUCCGCGUUUCGUGUCCUGGAACUCACGUAAAACCUGUUGCUGAUAUUUGUACUGAAAAUAUAAUCUACUUGCGACAGCACAUUGUCUUGAUAGAACCGGCCUUGGGAUGCUGGAAUGAUCUUCGUAAAGUAAGACUUGAAUAUUCAUCCGUUAUAUUCUCUUGACCCACUGGGCUGUUUGCGGGCCUUUUCAGUUCACGAGCUUCUGAGACCUUAUCUCCAUCUUCUCAACGGAACGGAAUUCUGUCGUCGACCAGCAUCAUUCAUCAGUUAGACGUCUGUGCUCCUCGCAUUCACUUAUUCUGAAAUUGCAGAAAUGCCUAACAAGAGUCGCACAGACACCGAGCGAAUAAUUCCGGCCAUUUUCUCAAAACACUCCUACCCACGUGUUCACGUUUCUCGCAGUUUUAGACUUUUUUGAUGUCUUUCUCACUUGCUCGCUUAGUCAGUUCCAGCUUCAACAGAUGAGAGACCGGGUAUUAUGAUGACAAGAAAACGUCACUUUCUGUUGAUCAUACAAACUCAAACUCUUGUCUUAAACCCAUUUUCUAAUAAUACUACACUGUAACAUCGGCGCUGCCAUCUAUGUUUGAAGUUACCGGCGUAAAUCAUUGGACGACACCUAAGUGUGCUCGGGGAUUCAUUAGUGCGUUUAUUUGUUCACAGUCCCCUUAAAACUGGAGAACAAGUGCGAGGUCAUUCGGUCAUCCGGGAACCAAUCCUGUAUCGUUACUUACGAAACGCCAAUUUAGAUCAGCGUCUUCCACAGUAUUUGUACUGUAGAAAUACAACGUCGUCGGUCAUGCGGGUGGCCGAGCCCAUUUUUUCACGAAAAUCAACUCAUAGUGCAUAUUGUGUCAGCUCUAUAAGCUAAUAUUUUUUCUCAGGGUUCAAAAUAUGAACAUAUAUAUGUACUUCUUGCACUUUCUUUCGGAUUGUGCAAACUCUUCAAAUUCUGCGCUCUUUGGUGUAGUUGGUCAAGUGGGACGCCAACGGUCCUAACAUCUUGCUUGGAGCUGCCAAGGAUAUGUUGCUACGCGCGUUCGGACUCCGGACUGCGAGCCUGCCCCCGGAGAUGGAGACUUUCCUGCCAAACCCGACAGGCGUGAAGCCGCCUCGGAGUCCGCGGGUGCUUUCCUUUCGCAAGGGCAUGCAGACCCUGACUCGAUCUCUGGUGGACCACCUCCGCGAGGCACCAAAUGUUACGCUGCGAUCUGGUGCCACGGUUUCCAGUGUGGAUUGCAAAAGUGGGCAGUUCGAGGUCAGUUCUCUAACAGGACGUACACCUUACUGUUUUACUUCUUUUCGCCAACAUAUGCCAAAAAUACUUAUCGAUGGAAGUAUCACACUUGGCCUUACGGUAAAAUGCUGUCGCUUGUGAAGUUAUAGUGACAAAUCCUGAGCCCGAGUACCACGUAGCUUUUUUCUGCAGCCGACUUACCGUGUGGCUAACGAUUGUCGAGCCACAAUGGAUAGUGGUCCUGGGAUUUGGUGACAGACUAUUUUUUGGGCUUCAUUGACGGGCUUGUGAUUGCUCCGUCGCCUCCUCAUUUAAUUACAUCAUAGUGCUUCUGAAGUAAGAUAUGUAGCAACAUAAUACGACCACUUUUUAAUGGUGAAUUAAUCAGACCAGGACGAGAGCGCAGCAUUCCUAUUGUUGUCUUAGAAUAGUCUUGCGCCGUUCAUUGGCGGUAACGACCGCGUGUAAUCAACUAUCUGCCAGUAACAGCUGUCUUUGUUCCCUCAGCCUCUGACAGAACUAGCAUUGUUCUAAGUUGACUGACGAAGACGAGAGAUUAAGAUUGGAGCUGUUUUAGCCGAAUUUAUGUGCUCUUGAACUCGCCCUGCCCCCACCCUUGUGGGUUCGCGCUUUAAAAGGCGCCAAGCAACGGUACGUGAGCAUAUUCCAAUACAACUAGACACCCAGUCUACCCUGACAAAGAUGAACUGGCUGGGAGGUGCAACUGACCACCAUAUUUGUUAACUUUGCUUCUGGAAACAAACAACUCAUUGCCACUUAUCCUCAUCAUAAGUGCUUACGCUGCAGAAUUACUUCGACCGACUCAAGAAGUGUUGAUUCGAUGUCACAUAACUAAGCUCAUCACAGACACUUGUAGCCAAAUAGUCACAGCCGACCACUCGCGCAGUACAACGCACAACAUUUUAAGACAGCUGGACCACCCCUAAGGUAUUGCAAUAUGUACCACUUCAGUACAGGCGAUAUUGAAUUACCUGGGAAUUGACUUCUCAGCGCCCAGUGUAACACCCAUUACUUGAGCUGCUAUAGAGGUUUGGUUAGGUCUCGGUUCGAUGUCACUCGUGGGCUGUGUGAGCUGUGUGUGGGCACGAGCAUCGGCUGGUGACAGAUGGUGUUCUGCUCGUGACCCUUGCUGCCAAAGUAAUGGGUUAGGCUGUUAUGGGACACCUACCAGAUCCGUAUGUGCUUAUUCCACUGAUAACCAGAACUCAUGAGUGUAAGAUUAGCGAGGCACGAUAGACUUUAUCAGGCGGGGAGUAAAUUGAAAAUCAGACGUACGUUCGAGGUGAUUAGACGAGCAGUCAGCAAAUGACGCCAAUGUUUGGAGGUCGGGUUAAAGGCAAGCGGCCGCAAAGAUUGAUAAACAAUGGACGACGAACAAUGACAAAGAACGACGAGAACCGACGAAUAGGCAUGCAGAAACGGAGGCAGGAUGACAUGGAUAAACUCUGGUUACUAAUAAACUCAUAUUGACCCAACUGUGAAAAACUCGGCGCCUCGGUGGGAUUCGAACCCACGCAGUAAGGGGAAGGCUUUAGCGCAGCCAACGCUCUAACCACCUGAGCUACGAGGCCCCGCCGGACGACGCGAGUUUAAUAAACUGUUAGUAGCAAUAUAAUGACAACAAACAUAUCUCCGUGUCUUCGCCUGAUUCGAAUUCGAUAACUCGUAAGUGUGCGCUAACAAGUUCCGUAAUCGAUCUCCCUGUUAAUAUUCUUAGAUUUGCUCGACUCAGUGUCAGUUUAUUCGCCAGAAUAGACGCACCCGAGGUCAACCGCUGUGUCAGGUGAUAGUCGUAAUAAUACGGAUAUUCUUUAUGGUUCUAUAGCAAAAAACUAUGAUAUUAGCGGGGCACGAUAGAGUUAAUAAGGCGGGGAAUAAAUUGAAAAGCGGACGUACUUUCGAGGUUAUUAGACGAGCAGUCAGCGAAUGACACCAAAGUGUGGUGGUCGGUUUAAAAGCCAGCGGAGACAAAGAGUAAUAGGCAAUGCACAAAGAACAAUGAGCAAAUAAUGACGCGAACCGACGAAUAGGGGUACAGAGACAAAGACAGGAUGGUAUGAGUAAAGCCUGGUUAUUAGUAAGCAGUUAGUAGCAAAAUCAUAACAACAGCCAGAUCUCCAUGUCUCCGCGUGAUUCGAAUUCCAUCCUACUCAAGGAAUGCCAGAGUGAGGCUGACUUAAAAUUUCGCAUAAUCUAUUCGCUCAUGGUAGAGAUUUGACAGAACAAGCGCGAUUGACGUGAAUAAAAGUUUUUGUGCCUUUAGAUUCUUCUUCGAAUUGUACCUCCAUGGUCUGAUAUACAAUUCCGUUAUUCAGCGUUGAUAUGACGCUAUCCUUGAUUUUGCCCUUCAUUCCUAGAGCAGACACGAGACUGCCAUGUAUAGGCGUUGAUUCGGAACCGUUAUCAAAACUUGCAAAAGUUCAUGCCCUAUGUCGUUCGUACCGUAUGUUCACGGCUACUAUCCUACCAACAAGACUUCAUUGACGAGGGACCAACCAAAGACAAAGACCUGUCUGCAAACAAUCGUAUCGAGAUAGCUUUGCUUCGCUUUUGCGUCCCACGAUCAUGUAGGCGACUGCGCCGUAAACGGUUUCCGAGGCGUCACUAAAGACACGGAGCUGGAACUCAGCUUGGUUUCGCCCCUCUGGCUUGAUGCAUCGAGAUACGGAGAAGUGUUCGAGGUUAGGCAUUGCAUUUAACCACUUUCUCCACAUUGUCAACUCUUCGCCGGAUUUCUCUUCGUCCCAAUCUACUUUGUGUUUACAUAACUCUCGCAGAACCUUCUUUGCGGGUAUUGUCACUGGGGUAAUGCAACCCAUCGGAUGAAAGUAAGACGAAACAUGUGGAAGUAUGUUCCUCCUAGUGGACGGUUUGGUCAUGGGACGCAAAUAAAAGCGAAAUUCAUCGCCCUCAAGGUCCCAACCCACGCCGAGAGCUAGAUGGAUUGCGUAAUCCCGAUGAUCCAGCUCUAUGGGUGUGGUGGCCUAUACCGAUUCGGGUAUACACGUAAUUAAAGCGACACUGUCGCUCUUCCAUUUGUUCAGGUUGAAGCCUCCUUCGCUUAACAUUGACUUUAGCUGCAUUGAAAACCGGAGUGCCUCGUUCUCACCUCGCACACUGACCAAGCAAUCGUCUACAUAGAAGCAUCGUUCCGCCUUCUCCAUAACAUCCUUAUCGUAACUUUCGCACUAUCGGUGACGGCUCGACUAAUCACGAAGGUAGCACAACUUGGAGAAGAGGUAACCCCAAACAAAUGUACCGUCAUUCGCUAUUCUUUCGGUGGUUGCGAUAAGUCGUCAUUCGUCCACGAGAGAAAUCUUAAAACGUCACGGUCUUUCUCAGGCACCCGCACUUGAUGGAACAUCGAUUCAAUGUCGGUCACAAUGGCGAUUUUCUCCUGUCUAAAUCUCAAAAGUAACCCGAUUAGCGAGUUGGUUAUAUCAGGUCCGGAGAGUAGUUGAUCGUUAAGGGAGCACGUUCAGAUGAAAGCCAAACGCCGGCUGAAUCCUUGUAGCCCGAGGAAAUGAGUACGGUGACAUACUGUCGAAAAUAGCAUUUCUGAGGGCAAUAACCAAAUAUGGACGUCUGUCUGAAGAAGGUAACUAACAACUGUGCAAGUAUAGAUCUCGGGGUUGGGGCUACAUUUCGUUCUUGCCCUGGGACUACGCACCCACGAAAAUGCUGUCAGAAUUCCUCGUUUGGGGUGGCCGUCGGCUACAGCGUCCUGCUGUUGCAGUGUCCAGAAAAGAAGUGCUGACCAUGGCCUGGGUUUUUCAGGUGUGAUGAAGUUUUGAUAAUCAGGCGCAGUGAAUGGUGCCCAAGGGCGACAUCUAAAAGCCAUGUCAGCCAACUGCAGCGGGGGGGGGCGGCUUUCCCUGGUACUGCCUUAGCCUCAGCUUUACUAACCACUUCGACGGUGCGAUUAUUUCCGAUUCAUAUUUGACUGGUUAGGUGAAGUAGGUUUCUGCCACGAAAAAGGCCCACAUUUACUGGGAAUGUAGCACCCGCUUUACGUGCAGUCAGUGAAGUUUAAAUACUGAAUUCGUAUCUUAGUUCAGAAAAGAAGCUAUUCUAAGCUAACUGACUGGUGUUCAGGAGAUUUUUGUCAUUCAGACCUUUUACUUAUAUAGUUCAGGUAAGAAGGGUACCUAUUCGACCCUGUCCUCGUCGUCGUACAAAUGUACCGGUUUACUCCACAUCUAUAGGUUGUCUUAGAAUUAUUCACAAUGAUCGAUUAGGUCAUUUUCGAAGGCGUUAAUCUUAAAGAGCAUUGCCGAAAAAUUGUUCUGAGGGGCAUCCGGGAAUUCGCAACUAGAGGGGGAGUGUACUAGAGCCCACUAAACUGUGAUCUGCAUGACGUCUGCACCCCGGUACCUGCCCCUAACCGGCUGACUAGUUCAGUCGAGGGUGUCUGAUGUGUAACUCCGGUAAUCUCUUUAUUUAUCCUUUUACUCCUCCUAAAAAGAAGAAGCGACAAACAGUCCCAGAGGCGGUUCAGCAUAAUUCUGGUCGUCUUAGCAAAAUUUUGGGCUCACUGUGGAAUUUGACAGCCGCCUGUGGAGCAUUGCUUCCCCCUUACGGAAGAAGUGGCUAGAAAAUGUGUCCCAGUCAGUCAAACCGUCUGCAAAUCAACCACAAGCAUAAUUUUCAUGGAGCUCCAACUGCAAGAAUAAUCUUAAAAAAUGACUAUUCUCUACACUGUCAUCGAUCUAGCAAAUGGCCUUGGACACCGCGAACCGUGAUGGAAUGCGAAUGUCCGGAAACACUCACUUAAAUGGAGACACUGUCAUAAAUCAGCAAUUGCGCCCAAUUGCAUCAGCAUUCGGCCAAAUGGCUCGGGCAGGUCGCCGGCGUAUGGAAGAGGGAAGCAGAGAGCCAAGUUAAUCUAGUGCUUAGGCGGCCUGCCAUGGAUAGUCACCCGUCAUUUAAUAACAUCAUACGGCACUAAUAGUCAGUGGUAGGAAACUGCUGAUGCUUAGGACUUGGGGUUGGGCCUCAGUGUCCCUUCCUUGACGAGGUGCGAGACCCCCCAACGAGGCCUGGCAAGACAAUGCCUUCUGAGACACGCGUAGCCUGACUGUUUGGCUGUCAGUCGCAACUCCUGUCAUAUGUAAUCGCCUCCGUAACACGGCGGGUGUGGGAAUGGAGAGUAAGUAGACGCGACGCAAGUCUGUUUCACUAUAAACAAAUUCACGCGCAAUUCCCUGCUUGGCUCACUUCAUGGAGUAGUUUUGUAUCCCGUAGCUUGCCACCGUCCAUAAUUGAUCGCAUGGCAUUUUUACGAGCAACGGAUGGGAUAGAAAUCAGACGAAUAAACCACAAAAUCUGACCUCGCCGACCUCAAUUUUCGUCCUUUGGCCAGUUGACAAAAUCAUAUCUCGGGAAACAGAGGAGCCUGGAGUGAGCAUUUGCAAGCAUUGAGGUACUUUUUAAAAUGCUACUUCCCAACUUCUGCUGACGAAUACGGAGAAAUGGGAUAUUUCCUUUGUGCGUUUUGAUUUUGGAGGGGACGUCUCAACCCUAGUCUACGAAACUUAGCGACAAAUGCCGUCCAAAUUCUCUACGAUUUUCCAAUGCCCUGUGAAAAUCGCUGAUGGCUGUCGACUUAAUUUUGCCAGCUUUCUAGGCUGGAAGUCGGUAUCAGUUGCAACAGUCACCGCAGAUGUUUUGAAGACUUUCGACCUGUUUUCUAACUUAAGGUUAAAUUGCCGCCACCUCAGGUGUGCUUGGCAGUGUCUGAUUUAGUAAUGUAGUCUAGAAGAGGCUACCCUUUAUUGGAAGUAGUUCAUCUGAACAUGGUAUCUCCCCAAAAGGUUGGCUUGUGCUAGAAGUGUAAGGACUUUUGGCUUAAGCAUUGUCAUGAUGGCACUAAACCAUAACCGUUUGGUAACUUCCUAGCAGUCCGCGCUCUGGGGAACAUAACUCCUUUUUGUUUAUAAAAUACCAAGGUGCCUGCUUGUGGGUGUGCCGUAAGUGAUCUGCGUAUGACUGUGCCGUGCGUUUUUUAGAUAAUUGGUUUAACAAAUGGCCGUCAUGGUCCCUUUUUAAUUAACUUAUCCCCCUUGCCUCCGGGGACAAAACAGAGGCGGGUAUCUCACAAACGGCCCAUUCUGUGCACUGUCUUUGGAACAGUUUCCCCUUGAAUUUAGCAUCUUGUCGUGUUUGUCCAUCUUUAUAAUGCAUUCCCCUCACCGCCAGCUCCACCUACGCGAGGGUCAAGGUUCGCUGUACCGACAGGAACACGCUGACUCCGUCUUCCUUUGUGCGCCGGCCUCCACAUGUGGCGCCCUUCUCGAGAAGAGCGCACUUCUGCCGACGCAGAGUGAGGCCGCCGCACUCCUCCGUCCGUCCACUCUACCAUCCGCCAGCAUCGCAGUGGUGGCCCUCGAAUUCGACGGCGACCUCGGGCAGUCAUCUGAGAAGCCCUACCAACGUGCUUUCGGUCAUCUAGUGCCGCGCACAGAGUCCGGCCAAGUGCUGGGCAUCGUCUAUGACAGCUCUGUGUUCCCUCACCUUGACGGUCCUGGUGGCGACCGUCGCACGCGUUUUACGGUGAUGUUGCAGCCGCGCCCCGAUUGGCUCACCGCCCACACCGCAGCGGCGCCCUUCAACCUGGCAGAGCCUAUCCGGGAGGAGCUGCUUGGGUUGGCUCUUGAAGCCGUGCGAACGCAUCUGGGCCUGAAGGUUUCGCGACCAGAGAGGAGUAUGGUGGGAAUUUGGAUGCACAGCAUUCCCAACUACCCUGUGGGUCAUGUACAAAAUGUGCGCCGUGUUAGGCGGGCCAUCGAAGAGACCAUAAAUGCCCGUGGUUGUGGAGGACGCCGCUCACUGCACCUUGUGGGCGCCUCUUUUGACGGUCUUGGUGUGGGUGAUUGCGUUGCAAGCGCUGCCAAGGCUGUUCUCAAAGUAUCAUGCUCCACCAGCCAAGACAAUGCCCUCUGA